AUGUCGCCUGUACGCAAGAUCGUACCCAACAAGACCGCCUUCUUCGUCUGUGACAUCCAAGAGCGGUUCCGCCUGGUCAUCCAUGCCUAUCCCGCCGUCAUCGCCACAGCCGAAAAGAUGCUCAAAGCCGCCAAGCUCAUGGACGUGCCCGUGAUCGCGACCGAGCAAAACCCAAAAGCCGCGCCUCCUCGACCGAACCCACACGCGCCGAAAACCGCGCUCGUAGCACUCGGAGCGACCGUCCCGUUGCCGUUACUCGACUUGCCGAGCCACCUCCGACCAAGCUGGGUCCCGCUCGCCAAGACCAAGUUCAGCAUGAUCGUGCCGCAGGUGGAGCAGCAGUUGAAGGAGUGGGAGACAAAGAGCGUCGUCUUAAUGGGCAUCGAGAGCCACGUCUGCGUCCUGCAAACAGCCCUCGACCUGCUCGAGCGCGACAUCGACGUGCACGUCCUAGCCGACGGGAUCUCGUCCUGCAACGGCGACGAAGUCGGUAUCGCCAUCAAGCGCAUGCGAGACGCCGGCGCGCAAAUCACGACCUCCGAAUCGAUCCUCUUCCAAAUCAUGCAAGACGCUGCCCAUCCUGGAUUCAAAGCGAUGGCGGGACUGGUGAAGGAGCACAAGGAGAUGACGAAGGAUGCGUUGGAGAAGCUUAUUGCGGGCAGGGGGUUCUAG